GCCGCUGGAUGUGCUGGGCAGGACGAGGUGGAGGUGGAUUUGCAGACGCAGCUGGAAAAGGGACGGGGCUGCGGCAGCUGCGGCAGUUGCAGCAGCUUUGUGACGGGAUAGAAGGUGGAGGAGGAGGAGGGGGCGAUCCCGAGCAGAAGGGGCACCAUCGUGUUCAACGCUACCUCAGAGUUGUGCUGCACCUUGCGGGAGAUCCCAGCCUACAGCUGGCUGGAAACCGGCAGGAGCAGGAGGUCAAGGACUUUGAACAGCAUGAGGAGGCUCAGCCAAUGGCGGCUUCCAGUCGGAUAGAGAAGAGAACAUUGGCUGGAGCGCUGUCAGCCUGGGUGAGGAGAAGCAGCAGCAGGAUUUCUCUGCCUCUGCCACCGUCGUCCCGAGGAGGAGUCCACAGUGAACAGAGGGCUGGCUGCUGCCCUGCUCCUGUGCCAGAACAGAGGUCUGCUGGAGACCACAGUUCAGAAGGUGGCUCGGUAAAGGCCCCCAACAAGUCCCGCCCUCAGCUCUGCACUGCUCUGAGGACAAGAGGCCAUCAACAGUGCAGUACAGCCAGUGAGAGUAUGGCGGCUUCACUCAGGACUUCAAGGAGAAGGCUGGCUACAAGCCGGACUUUUACAUGGAGCAUGUGGAAGGGACCGGCUGGAAGCUCACACCCAAGGAGGCCUUCCAACAGCUGUACCACCGCCUCCAUUGGGAAGGGCUGGGGCGAGAUGAAGAUGGAGUGGCGGAUGAAGAAGCUGGACAAGGAGGCACUUCUGAAGAUGGGCUCCAGCAACACACCCUUGGGCAGAGUGGCUCUGCUCCAGUAGAAGCAGGCGGUCCGGAAG